CUCUACACACAAUCUACAGAACUGCUUUCUCCUCAGUUUAUUGGUUUCACGCAUGCUGAAACCAACAGGUGUUUAGGGCAGUGAGGUUUGCACGGAUUACAGUUUGCACUGGCUAUAUGAACAAACGGUGACUGAAGAUGUCAAAUGUAACACUUUUUGAUCCAAGAUGCAGACAAGAUGCUCCGUUCUCUAUCGAUGUUAUUAUGCAGUUGGACAUCUUUGGCAUAGUCCUCUUCUCUGUGCUGACUUUAAUGGCCACGGUGUCUAUGCUGGUUUUCAUUGAAGAAUGCAUCUACAUCUAUAAGAAAGUACCGCCAAAUAAGAAAAGCAUAAUCAUCUGGGUAACCGGAGCAGCACCAGUUAUUGCUACCAUGUCUUGUUUGGGCAUGUGGGUUCCAAAGGCCACGAUGUUCACUGACAUGACAUCAGCCACAUACUUUGCAGUUGUGGUCUUCAAGUUCCUGAUUCUCAUGAUUGAAGAGGUCGGAGGGGAUGAUGCUUUUCUCAGGCGCUGUGAGAAACAGUCGUUCAAGAUCAGCACAGGACCUUGCUGCUGCUGCUGCCCAUGCCUGCCUAAUGUCCCCAUCACACGACGAUCUCUUUUUAUAUUGAAACUGGGGUCCUACCAGUUUGCGCUCAUGAAGUUAGUCUUCACCAUCCUCUCUAUAGUCCUUUGGACGAAUGGCAACUUUAAUUUAUCUGAUGUUUCGGCCAGUGGAGGUGCCAUAUGGAUAAACUCAUUUGUAGGCGUUCUCACCAUUAUUGCCCUUUGGCCUGUUGCAAUCAUGUUCAUGCAUGUGCGAGAGGCUUUACGCACCCUAAAAAUUAUCCCUAAAUAUGCCAUGUAUCAGUUGGUGCUUAUUCUUAGCCAGCUGCAAACUGCCAUCAUUAACAUACUGGCAAUGAACGGGACUAUUGCCUGCGCACCACCCUACACCUCCCAGACCCGUGGAUACUUGAUGAGUCAGCAGAUGUUGAUCGUGGAGAUGUUCAUCAUCACGCUAGUGACUCGUGUUUUAUAUAGACGUCCGUAUGACCCCAUACCAGAUGCGGAUGAUGUUGAGGAGACAAAGACUGUCCUAACUGCAAAAGAUAUUGCCUGAGAAGAACAGACUGUUGUGUGUGAAUGAGAUUGUGGUAUAUGUUUGGGGCCUGUUUGUUCUGGGGGGAAAGUAGUCAACAGUGAUGGUCAUUAACUUUGUAUUUUCUAUAUGCAUGCACAUGGUAUAUCUAAUAUUUUGGUAGAUAUGUUUUAUAUUGAGGUUACUCGUCAGCAGAAUUUGACUGUAGAGUAACCAUGACUUUGAGGGCCCUGAUAUCAAUGUUUACACUUUGUAUUGGGUGCGUCAACCUGGAGAUUUACAUCAAGGUUCUGUUAUUUGGAAUGCUUGGUCUGUUGAUAGGACCACUGAGCAUAAUAAAUCUCGUGAGUCAUGGUGCGUAUUUCUGAUGAAGUGAGAUAAAGUAAUCUCUGUGGCAUAAUUAUAUGAUGCAUAAAAGACUUUUGUAAUUGUUUAAACGUCAGAUAUAUAUUACCCUUGUAAAAUCUGUCACUUAAUAUUGUUGAAUAUAGAUUUUUACAGUAAUCGUG